AUGGUAAAUGAUACGGGUGGUGAAACUCGGGAUCAUCAAACAGCAGUUGCACGUCCAUCUCUUUUAUUAACUGGUCUUCGACGUUCAGGUAAAACAUCCAUACAACAUGUUAUAUUUUCCAAAAUGCAACCAUCACAAACACAAUUUCUUGAAUCAACACCACAAUUAACAUCAAAUCAUUUUUCUUGUGGUUCAUUUAUAAAUAUACAAAUACAAGAAUUACCCGGUCAAUUACAUACAUUUCCAUCAUCACAAUCUUCAAGUAUUUCAGGUGGAAAUAGUGGACAAGCAUCACCCUAUGAUGAUGAUACAAAUCUUGUUGGAGGAGGUUACAAUAUGGAACGUUUAUUAAAACAAUGUAAUGCGGUUGUAUAUAUAAUUGAUGCUCAAGAUGAUUAUAAUCAAUCAAUUGCACGUUUACAUUUAAUUAUACAAUUAGGUAGACGUGUAAAUCCGAAAAUACGAUAUGAAGUAUUUAUACAUAAAGUUGAUCAAUUAUCGGAAGAAGUUAAACGAGAAACUCAACGAGAUAUACAUAAUCAGAUACGCGAUCGUUUUGCAGAUUCCAGUGGUGCAAUCGAUCCAUGGUUAAGAACAUCGUUUAUGUCAAAUUCAAAUUCUCAAGAAAUUUUAAUAAAUUUUCAUUUAACAUCAAUAUAUGAUCAUUCAAUAUUUGAAGCAUUCUCGAAAGUUAUACAAAAAUUAUUACCACAAUUUGGUCAAUUAGAAUAUUUGCUCAAUCAUCUUUUAUCUGCAUCAAAUAUUGAACGAGCAUUCUUAUUUGAUAUACAAACAAAAAUAAGUAUUGCAACUGAUUCAGCACCAAGUGAUAUACAAAUAUAUGAAUUAUGUUGUGAUAUGAUUGAUUUAUUAAUUAAUAUGAGUGAAAUCUAUGGACAACCUAAUAUUAAUUGUAUACAAGAUACGGAAUGUGAAGAUGAUGAUAGUAAUAAUGAACCGGUAAUGAAUGGUAAUCAUUCGUCAACAACAAAUUCAUGUCGAAAUAGUUCUUUAGGUACGACACCAAUAACAAAUAAUCCAUAUACAUCAGGCAUUGAAACAACAAAUGAACCUGCAUCAAAUGUAUUUGAUUCAAUGUCAUCAAGUAUUAUAAAAUUAACCGGUCAUCGUGCACUCUAUCUCAAAGAAAUCAAUCAUCAUUUAGCAUUAAUAUGUGUUUUACGUGACGAAGCACUUUCAAAACAAGCUAUUAUUGAUUAUAAUGUUGAACAGUUUAAAGAAUAUAUUUUAAAAUUAUUUCGUUUAAAUCAGGAAAACUCCGAAUCUUCUAUGUCAUCAUAG